AUGUAUUUCACAAUCACGAGGCAUCAGAGCAAGAAGGAAGCCAUGAAAGAGAUCAUGAUGAAGAACAAACUUGGCAGGAUGGAGAAAGCUAAGCAUAAGGAGGAAAAGGAGAAGCAAGAAAGAAAGAAGACAUUUAGAUGGAAAGAAGACAUUUAUAUUUCAAAAUCUUGGGUAAUGAGAGCUGCUAAACACUGUAAGAACCAUUUACGUUGCUCCACUACCACACCUUUGUAUUCUUCUUGUGUUCUUUCGUCUCAUGUUGGAAAACAUUUUCAUGUCGAUGAAUUAUUGCAGCCAGCUUAUUUGAGCCUGCUUUACACCGAGUUAGCAGAAGAGAAGAAAAAAAAAACUCAAGGAAAAGCUAACACAUUUGAUAACAGCCUCGAUGGCAUGAGUUUCCGGUUAAAUCGACUCGCUCUCUGCAAAACCGAUAUCAAAGACAAGACGCUAGAGUCAUGGGAGGAAGUGGCUGUAUGCAAUCUCAAUCCUUAA